CCCCCCCGCGGCGACUCAUCAGAGGAAAGUGCCGUGUGCGGGACACCGCGAUAGCGAGGCGCGACGGUGCGGUAUCCGCGAGCGUGCAGCACGACCGCUGCUAUGCUAUCGCGUAAUCAAUCGUGAUCGGUCGCACGCGCGCGUCGCCACGACGUACGGGCUGCCGUCGUCGUCGUCGCCGCCGCCGCCGCCGCCGCGGGCACGUCUUCGCGCGACAGCAGCGUCCGAAACAUGCGUCCGUUGCGGGGCGACGGGGACCGUGCGACAACCGAGGAGGCUCCUUCGAGGAACUGUCAGGGGGACCGUCGCCGCCACCAUCAUCGCCGCCGACGCCGCCACCACCGCCGUUACGCGUGAGUCAGUGCGGGAUCGGACGGAGGCGACGCACGCAAAAUGGCUUCGGGCGACAAUGUGGACGUGAUCGAGGUGGUCGAGACGACGAGCUUCCCCGUGCCGCGGGUGAUGCAGCCCACGAUGGAUCACCUCAAACCGGAGCAAUCCACCGUCGAGGAGGACUAUAAGUCGACCGGAGAGAAAAUAACAGCAUUUGACAGCUCAGUACAACAUGGUACGACAGGUGGCAAGAUGCCCGCGGGGGUAUCAAGAAAUAAAUCGGAACGAGAGAGGAAGAUUGGGCAUCGAAGAGUUGGAGUGGGAGGUGAAAUCACAUAUAAGAAGAUCCAAACCACACAAAUUAUGGGAUCGAUUCAAUUGGGUAUACAGCAUGCUGUUGGCGGUCUUGCAAGUAAACCAGAACGCGAUUUAUUAAUGCAAGAUUUUAUGACGGUGGAGACAACGAACUUUCCCCAUGAAGGAUCAAAUCAUACUCCGGCCCAUCAUUUCUCGGAGUUCAAAUUUAAAAACUAUGCACCCAUUGCAUUUCGUUAUUUUAGAGAUCUCUUUGGCAUUCAACCAGAUGAUUUUUUGAUGUCAAUGUGUAGUGCACCACUGCGCGAGUUAUCAAAUCCUGGCGCUAGUGGGAGUAUCUUUUAUCUGACGGAUGAUGAUGAAUUUAUCAUAAAGACUGUACAACAUAAAGAAGGAGAGUUUUUACAAACUCUACUUCCAGGAUAUUAUAUGAAUCUAAAUCAGAAUCCAAGAACGUUAUUACCGAAGUUUUUUGGAUUGUAUUGCUAUCGGUGUAAUAGUAAAAAUGUUAGAUUAGUUGCUAUGAAUAAUCUUUUACCUUCAUUUGUAAAAUUGCAUCAAAAAUAUGAUUUGAAAGGGUCUACAUACAAGAGAAAGGCAUCGAAAACAGAACGUUCGAAGUCUUCUCCAACGUAUAAAGACCUAGAUUUUAUAGAGCAUCAUCCAGAGGGUAUCUUUUUAGAAGCCGAUACGUAUGGUGCGUUAGUAAAAACUAUUCAACGGGAUUGUCGUGUAUUGGAAAGUUUCAAAAUUAUGGAUUAUUCUUUACUUGUUGGAAUUCAUAAUCUUGACCAGGCUGCGAAAGAAAAAGCUCAAGAACAAAGAUUAUCGGCGAGUGCCGAUGAGGAAGUUGAUGAAACGGGUGGCGAAAGUGACGGGUUCAUUCAAUCUGAGAGAGAAAAAGAGAGAGUGGAUAGAAUAGGCGCUGCUUUAAAUCGAUCACGUAGUAUAAAUCGUCAAAGGUUGGUCGCUCAUAGUACAGCGAUGGAGAGUAUCCAGGCUGAGAGUGAACCAAUAGAUGAAGAGGAUGACGUACCUUCCGGUGGCAUUCCUGCCAGAAACGCACGUGGUGAACGUCUUUUAUUAUUCCUUGGCAUUAUCGACAUUUUACAAAGCUACAGGUUGAAAAAGAAACUGGAACAUACGUGGAAAUCAAUGAUACAUGAUGGGGACACUGUAUCGGUACACCGGCCAGGAUUUUAUGCGCAACGCUUUCAGGAUUUUAUGGCCAAGACAGUAUUUAAGAAAAUACCAUCACUGGACCUGCCUGAGAUUAAGGGGAAUCAUCGCAAAUUCCGUAACCUCGUCACCAGCUAUAUAGCUCUGAAACAUUCCCCUUCGAAGAGGAAAAGUAUAAGCAGACCACUAAGGCCGCUGGAAGGUGACUUCGAUUCAACCGCGGUGGCGGCAACUGGAGGUUCGACAAUGCAUGCUACAUCACCUACGAAGGCCGCAGUUAGCUCGGCCGAUCCUGCGGCGAUCAGCGUGACGACGAACGCGGCGGCCUCGGUGCCGAUCGCCACCUCCACCCCGGUUAACCUUGCCGCCGGUCCGCUGAGUCCGCCCCCGUUAACCUUAGCCGCCGGUCAAGGGCCGCAUCACGAGCAUCCGCCCGGGGGCCCCACGGUCAAGGUCACGAGUUAUCCGGCCGUGCUGAAAGGUAGAAGCGCGGCCAGUCCGCCGAACCCGAACCUGGUGCCGUCCGGCAAGGUCCCACCGCCGGUGCCGCCGCGGGGCACGGGCGCCUCGAGGACCGCCAGGUCCUCCGAGGAUCACCGAGCGGCCGGCACCACCGCCUCGACGACGUCGUCGGUGACUUCCAGCCGAGGUGGCACCCUUCCUUCCACCUGCUCCACCCCGCCCCCGCCCUUUGACGACGCAGUCCGCUCGAACGACCAAACCCUGGCUUCCGGUGGUCACCUUCAGCAAGGCGGCGCAGCCACCAUCCUCGCGAGCAGUCUAUCCUCUGCUCAUUCCAAACAAAAUAAGGUUGUUCAUCACGUUACCCUCACCAAGACGUAUCACGACACUGUAAGGAAAAGGAGAAUCAUAUCGGACGUGCAUUUGGAGAGUAGCGGUAGCGGCAGCGGCAGCGGCGGAAGGGAAACCAAGUCGUCGCUGAGCGUCGAGAGCGGCGGCAGCAGCAGCCGAGGUGGCGGCUGUCUCACGUGGACCCCACCGGCCGGUAGCGCCGAGGGCUCAACACCCACGUGGACCGAGGGCACGCCGUCCUUCACCGAGAGCUCCAGCAGCGGCGACAUAGGUUGCCCGACGACGCCGAUCAAGGGUAAUCAACGUCAGGCUGACGGUGGAAGGAUCGCGGCAACUGUGGAGGAGGCCCUAGCGAGUCUCACGACUGAGAUGAGACGAACCAGCCAAGGCGAGCAACAUCAAUUGGAGCAAAGCACAUCCUUUUCGUUCUAUCGUCAAAUCAGGACGAGCUUGAAGCGCAGUAGCGCGAGCCACGUCGCGAUCAUGAGGAACAUGCAAAGGGCAUUAAACAUUCGUCGAGCACCAUGACGCAUGCAGAGUUCAUCGUCAGAAUUAAAUAAGUUUCUUUGCAACCGUCCAAGUUUUUGCAUCGAUCGAGUCUUUUUAAAACUUCAGAUCUGAAUUAUAAUUAAAUUAAAUUAUGCCAAAUUAUAUGACGUUGAAAUAUCAAUUAUCGAUUAUCUUAUCGUAAAACUAAAAAAUAAUUUUAAAUGCAGGACGCAAUGCUGAUAAUAAUAUACAAAUUAGAUAUUUUAAUAUCUUUAAUAACGCGAUGAAAAGAUGAAAGAUUUUGAAUAAUUAUCAUACGAUGAAUUUACAAUUAAUUUUGCUUUGUUUUUUUUUAUAAAUAAAUAUAAUAAUAAUAAAAUAAAAAUAAGUUUCUAAUUUUAACAAAACGAAACUUACGAAGCAAAUUAACGAUCGGUUAAGAUAUUGAAAUAAUUCUAAUUUAGUGAUUUAAUAUUAACAUACUUUAUAAAUUUAAUAAUAAUGUUAAGAAAUUAAUGAACGAAAUAUUCAGCUUUAAAAAAACAAUUAUAUGACUAACAGUGCACGCAUGUGUAAUUCACAUAAUCCUCUACAAUACAUAAUAAUGCGCGCUGCAUUUAUAUGUAUUCUAUCGGUGAAGGAACGAUAAUCUCGCUGAUAAUCAAACUUAAAUGGAAAUUUAUGUUGCAGACAUGCAUGGUGUUUUUUUAACCGUGUAAAUGUGCCAAGAUUUUGACAAAAGGCAAACGAUUCGAUGUAGACACGCGUCUAUUCGUGAUCUAUUAAUCCACGCGUCUCUUCCAUUUCUGCAUUUGUUCGCUACAUUGCAUCGUUUCAAUAAGAUUCUUUUUUACUACUGUAUCUGAAUUUUGUCCGCCUAUGCAAACAAUCCGUUCCGUAUUUAAGUAAUCUAUUAAUUACGCAUUAAGUACUACCACUUUUCUAAAUCACUAAUAUACAUCUAUAGACAUGCUUGAAUUCAAUUUGUGGUAGUAUUUGAUGGUCGAUGUGAAAUCUUUUAUAUUAUAAUUUAAUUUAAUUUUUAAUUUAAUGUUUCUACAUACAACUCAGUAAUAUAUUAAAAUUUUGUACAUACGUGUGUACGUAUUUAGCCUUUCCGGCUAAAAUAUUUUCAAAACAGCAAUUGGCUUUCUCACGAAAUUUAUGUCCGUUAUAAAACGAAAAUGAUGUAAUAUAUUCUAUUGUAUAAUAAUUUAUUAUAUCUGGGUUUCCAAUGUCUGCAAAACAUUUAUAGGAGCUAUAUUUUCUCGGUUUUUUUUUACUAUUUUUUUUUUAACUGUUUGCCCCGAGAUGUCAGUUCGUAUUGCGACUAAAAUGAUUCGUUAGAUACUCAGAUGAAGUUGUAUAUACAGCAUGUAUUAUAUAUUCGGAGAAUUUGGGAUGGAAAUUGGGAAAUCACGUGCGUACGGCAAUCGAUAGCGAUGGACUAGCUGUACCGACUUUAAAGCUUGACACUUCAUGCAUUAGAUUUAAACGAGAUAAUCGAUGCUUUUUCCUAUUAAUUGUUAAACAAUCUUCGACGUCAAUGUUGUUAGAAGGAGUAUAUAUUGUCGACCGACCUCAUGUGGCGCCUAGUCCAUUCCUAUCUGCCCGAAACUAUUUAAUAAAAUAAUUAGUUAAUUUCAGUAACAGAGCGAUCGUUCAUUGUGUUGUCACGAAUAAAUUGUCACUUAAUCAAGAUGUUUGGCAAUAUAUAAAUAUACGUAUAUUAUUACUAAUAUUAUUUAAAUAAAAUAGUUAUUAUUAUUCUUAUGAUUGCUGCUGUUAUCGUCGUCGAACAAUUUAUAAUAUUGGCCCUUCGCACAUCGUUAUAUUCUUCAUUGAUGUUCUUCCUUUGCUAAGAAAUCGCAUGUUUUUUCGACAUCAAAAUCAUUGAAAAAAAUCAGUAACAUUAUCACGACUAAAUGACUCUCUCUGCGCUAGAUACGCAGAAGCCUAAACUGUUGAAACAUUUUAUCGUUAUGAAAUAUUAAAUCGAUCAUCUUAAAAAAAAAUAUUGUUAUUUGUAGUAUUCUUAUGAACCUCCCUCGGCCCACAAUUUAUUUUUGUUUUAUUUUAUCGAGAGUUUCUUAUCCUGGUUUCUUUAUUUGCUCCCUUUCAGACUCACCUGUAGGCAAGCGAACACGGAGAUAAUUGUAAAAAAAAAAGCGAAAAAAGAGCGAGACAGAAAUGAUUAUGGAACAUGACUGGCCUGACAGGCAAGUUGGUGCAUUUAGAAAUCUCUGGAAUUAGCGUGAAAGAGGCAUUAGGAUUAUUAAUGUAAGUCCAAAUGUAGCAAUAAGCAAGUGUACUCGGAACUGUAUGGGAUACUGACAUAUCCCUUUACACCGAGAGAAAAAUUAGUGCAAUUAAAUUUCAUUAGAAUUUUUACAAGACAAUUAGAAGGUGCAAGUACAAAAUUAAAUUGAAGAAAAUCAUAUUUUUGAACUUGGGCAAUCAUGAAUAAUUGUAGAUCAUCUGCUCGAGAAGAGAUAUAUUUUCCUCUCGGUGUCUUCUGUUAUAUCCGUUCGUAAAACCCCGAGAUCUUUAUUUAUUUGAAACUAUGAACUCGAUUUGUACAAUCGUUCACUUGAAUUGUAUGGUGGAUUAUGAAUGUUCAACAUAGUAGAAAUUUUAGAUUUUCCAAAAAUAAUCCAGAGGGAUAUAUUCUGGAAAUGGAUCAUGCAUAAUUUCAUAACAUAAUGCAUUAAGAUUAAGGCAAUUUUUACAUUUGUUCGUAAUAAUUUGGUUGGAUUGUUUUUGAGAAACCGGUCGACUGGAAAGAAUCGGAAAAACACGUUUUUCGAGUCGAUCACCUCGGUCUGCUUUCGGCAACGAGUACGUUACGUUUAAGUUAUUUAUUAUUUUUCUUUUUUUUUUUUUUUGCUACCGUGCGCUGCCUUACAUAUCUAUUUAAGGAAUUCUUACGUGGCUAUCGAGUACACGCAACGCGCAUCACUUCCGGAAGUCUCUAUUUAUGAAGACUGCUUUCACAUUUCUAUCGUCCUUGGAGUAGAUCCUUUAACGAUCCUUCUACCAAAAAAUCUCUUUUAGAUCUUUUACACUUUCGAGUAUAAUUAUGCGCAUAAAUCUGUCGAGAGCAGCGGUGUUUUACUUAUACGCAAAUCGUUUUAUCAGAGCAUCUUACGAUUGCUGAAGACAGUUUGUCAUUCGCGCUUUAGAUACAUUUAGACGUGUCUGGUGUAAAAUGCAUUUUCCGGAAGCUAUACCCGCGAAACGUGAAUGAACGGAGAUCGUGAGUGCCGAGAUAUAAAUUGCACUGGAAGGUAUUAGCGGUAACUAGCAAUUACCUCAAUAGAUCCUGGCGUAGAUAUUCUAAUGCGAAACUUGCCUCAAUUGCCACGAGUUAAUUGUCAUAAUAGGCACAAGUUUCCGUUUGCGUUUCUCUGCCAAUGAAACUGUCGAAUCCGCCGCGAUAAUAUCGCGUUAUCAUUCCGCAUGCGUAAAUAUAUGUGCUUUCACAAAUAACAGCAUUCUCGCAUAAAUCUGAGCACCUUCAACUUUACCUUAAAUCAUCCGCGAUGAUUAGUGAAGUGUCGCCAAUUUAUUAUUAAAGAGCGUAUUCUUCUUAAAAAAAAAAAAAAAAAAAUUAAUUUGGUAAACAUUCCUUUUUGCACUUACGAUCUCGCAUGUUCCGAUUUUACAGUUCAGGUUUCGUUCUUUGCAAGCGAAUACGGUUCUUUCGCGUUUCUUGUACACGCAGUAUUAAAAAUAGACGUUUCUUUCGAGAGACAAGAAGCGACCGUGCGAAUGUAAUAUAAUUCACGACAGCGGCAGCAACAUAACUCCAAAAAUAAUUUGGAGACAGCUGGGACAAAUUUGAAUUAUAUAGAGAAAUGAGAUGAAUAUCGUUAAGGUAUAAGCAUAAUAAUGCAAUAAUCAUGUAAAAUAAAUCGGGGGAACGGUUGUUGACUUCUUAAUAGCAUCAAUCACUGAUUUCUCUUAGAAUCUCAAUCUUAAUUUAACGAUUAAUUCUACUCGAAAUGCUCUAAUAUAAUGAAUUAGAGAUUAGGAAGACAAUCAUAAAAUUGCAAACAAAUAAAUCAAUUUGCAGCGGAUGACGAAGAAUAUACUAUUAAAUUAUAUUAUAUAUUUAUUGAAAUAAUAUACAUAAAUUGUACAUUAUAUCGUAAAAUCUUUUUCGUAAAACUUCCGAUAAAAAGACUUCAAGAACUUAAUACUACUGCCUUUAUGACUUAAUUUCAUUGUCAUUGAUACGUGUGUGUAAAAUGUGUAGAAGUCAAUAACCGUACGCGUUAUAUAGCGAAUUUAUUAGUAUAAAAUAUUAAUAAAAUAUUAGAUAAUAGGGGGUAUCGAAGAAUCUCAAUACGAUUUCACGUAUUGCCCCGACGUGCGGUUCAACAACGGUUAAAAUGUAAUCUCUGCGACAUCGGUGAUAUUAUUGUGACGACUCGGCACGCUUGAAGCCGCGUUCAAGCGUUGCGCUCGACGUUCGUUCUGUACAUAUUCAGAAGGAUAUUAUUUGCAAAUAUGAAAAAUAUAUAUUUAUACGUGUAUAUGUAUACAUAGAAAUGGCGCACUUACGCAGACGUAGAUACAUCAGGCGGGAUGUUCGGCAACAAGCGUACUUUGUGAAUAGAACGGUGUUUAUCUCGUCGAGAACGAUCUUCCUUGACGAGGGCGUCGGUACGUCAGUCUUUUUAAUUGUAAGCAAGUUAAAAUGAAAGAUUUACGGCGAUAUCGAUUUACGAUAAAGUGUCAUUCAGUUCAUCACAAAUAUGCUUAUUAUCGAACCCCCUAUAUACAGUUACGACCAUGCGCGGUGUCUUGCAUUUUUCUUUUUUUUUCUUUUUUUCUUUUGCGACAUUUAUCACGAUGUCUCCGAUACCUCAUUAGGCGGAUACAUUUAGUCCAGCCAACUGAUGUACGAUAAUGAAGAAUAAAUUAUUGUUGCGUCUUAUUUAA